AAGCGCUCCCAAUUUAGCUUCGAAAUCGUUCUUCCAAUUUGAAGAAUUGAAGGAAGAGGCGAAAAUGGAAGAGAAUUUCUUAUCGUUGCCGGAAGAAUGGUAGGAACUGAUCUUCAGUUUCCUUCUCCAACGCCAUCACAGCCACCAUUUUCGAAUCCUUAUCUCCGAUCUGCAAGCAGUUCUUCUCCAUCACUACCAAGCUUCGAACUGCCCUCUCAAUCUCCGCUUUAAGCAUUCCGGAACUUCGGUGAAUAUACGGAUUUGAUGCUUCAAGGAAAUAGCAAUUUGUGAUUUCGAUUUCGUUACUCAGAUCAGGUAUCGCCAAGGCACUACGCCACAGCCCUAAUUUGAAUUCAAUUUCUGCAAAUUGGUAGGGAUUCCCUCUGUUCAUUCGAAUCUGAUCGAUUCGUUAGAUUCUGCGAGUUCUCUUGAUCUUUCGGAAUCGAUUAUUUCUCAUUGCCUUAACUUCUCGUUUUCUGGAAUUUCAUUGCUGUUGUGUCAAAAUAUUCAGACUGAUGAAUCUGUAAAGGAGUUAUCAGAAUUCAUAAACCUCACAAUUGCUCAAAUCUGACCUGUUCUAUAAUUGAUAUAGAAAUGAAGAUUGUAAAUCUCGCAACUGAUUUUGUUAACCCUAAGCUUAGAUCUACGGAUUUAUCUGGGGACGAGAAGUUGUGCAUUUAGAAAUUUGGAGGUGUUGAAGCUGAACAACUGUGCAGGAAUCGCAGAAGAACGCAUUGGAGAAGUUGUAAGGGCAUGCACAAAGACGAAGCGCCUGGAAGUAAAUUGUUGCACAGGAAUCAAGAAUUCGGUGAUGAACUGUGAGCUUUCAGCAAAGAUUGGACACUGAAGAUUCAAGAUUAGCAAUGCUUGAAAGAAGAUGCCCUUCUUUAAAGUGAGUGCAGAAAGGGGGGUAAAGGAAGUGGAGAGAAGCUGCAGAGAAUUGAGGGAAAUGAAGGCCACCUAAUUCUCUUCUUCCCAAUGCUAAUCAAAGGAAUCUUUGCUUGCCCCAUGGAUGUCUACUCUGAAUGCUGGUAAGAGUGAAGCAGUUGCAACAAUGAAGAGGCCAAGAAAGAAAAAGACACUAGGAGAACUCAAAGAGGAGGAGGUUUUGCUAUUGAAGGAAAGGAGAAGCUUGAAAGAUGCCUUGGCGAUCUUGCGGCUCACUGUAGAAGAACAGAGGUCUAUCAAUGGAAGCUUGAAGAAAAUGAAGAUGGAUUUCGAUUCGCAACAAGCGAUCGAGAUGCCUGUAACAUCUGCUAUGCCGAAGGAGGUGAGCUCUGACCGACCUCAACUGCAGACGCUACUGAUAUCUAUAUGCAACACAAUGCCUGUCGGCGUCGAUGCUUCUUCUUACCAAUUACCUCUGCCAAAUGUUUCUUGCAAACUACAGGAGAUGGGAACUCUUGUGACCGUUCGUUCGAUACCCGAUCUUAAUAUGCCUUUUCAAGAGGACUCCGAUGCCGACGUCUUGUACCAAAUGAGCUAAGACAAAUUCAACUGAAACAAAUCGAUAUUAAGCUUCAAUAACUAAGAGGGACAAAGAUCGAUAACGACAACGACGACGACAACAACAACAAAACCAUUUGCUUCUUAAUAAGAUGUAGUUACUGAAUCCUAACCGUCAUAGGCUCGAGUUACUUACAACUGUAAUUACGUAACCAUUUUUCUUAGUUGCAUAUUCAUAUAUCUUCUUUUUUCCCUUCCCAUAGUACGUGAAAAAAUCGAGCAUAGAAUCGUGGAGAGACCCCGAAAACUCGUUAGCUGUUUAGUUAUUAUAUUAUUCAUUCACAGUCAGUCUGCUUAUUCUGUUUGUAGCCAACCCUUACCCUGUAAUUACUGCAUAAUUUCAAACAAAGUUCAGUGUUCCAUUUCA